GGAACCGUGCCAGCUGAUCUCGGCUACCUGCAGCAGCUGAGGCUGUUGUAUCUCACUGGUAACAACCUCACUGGGAAGAUCCCACCUUCUCUUGGAAAACUCGCGAACCUCGAGAAGCUGGAAAUUUCUAUAAACAACUUGGAAGGGGAAAUUCCCCAGGAAUUGGGAAAUCUAUCAAGCCUACAAACGUUUGAGCUCGGUUCGAACCGGCUGAGCGGCUCGAUACCCCUGGCCCUCUUGAAUGCUUCCAUGAUCGACUUUUUUGAGCUGGCCUCUAACCAUCUCACUGGAUCGGUGCCUCCUGCACUCGGACAGUCCAUGCCGUCGCUCAGUGUUUUAAACGUUGAACGCAACGAACUGACCGGUGGCCUGGACUUCAUCGCUUCCCUUUCCAGCUGCGGCAAUUUACAGAGGCUCGACUUUGAAUACAAUGAGUUUGACGGCUUCUUGCCCGAUUCUGUUGGGAAUCUUUCAAAGGGUCUUGAGUAUUUUAGCUUCGGAAUAAACCAUAUCAAAGGAAACAUUCCUGCGGCUUUAGGCAAUUUGAGUGGGCUUCUACAUCUAGAUCUUGGGGAUAAUGAGAUUGUCGCGGCAAUACCUGCAUCACUUGGCAAGAUUCAGAGCCUUCAGCAGUUGUACCUUGGCAAUAACCAAAUCAGCGGGUCCAUUCCAGUUGAGCUUGGCCUUUUGACAAGCCUGAGUUUUCUGUAUUUGAGUGGGAACAAACUAUCAGGAGCUAUACCAGAUUCAUUCGGCAAUAUAACUGGUCUUCAAAACUUACUACUGUCCACCAACGCAUUAUCGUCAAAGGUUCCCCAGAGCUUGUGGAGCUUAAGAAGCCUGGUCGAAUUAUCCCUAUCCCAAAAUUAUCUGCAUGGUUCGAUUUCUCCUCAGGUAGGCAACUUGAACACGCUGGACACGUUGGAUCUAUCUGAAAACAAGUUUUCAGGUAACAUCACUAGUUCUCUAGGGGAGCUUCAGAUGCUUACAUAUCUUGAUCUCUCCAAAAACUCUUUCAUGGGUGAGAUACCACAAUCAUUUGGUGGAUUGAUCAGCCUCAAGUAUUUGAACUUGUCGAAUAAUUUGCUAUCGGGAGACAUACCGAAAUCCUUAGCAAAUUUACGUUACCUUGAGAUUCUUAAUCUCUCAUUCAACAUGCUUGUCGGACAAAUUCCUCAAGGUCGAGUUUUUUCAAAUCUCACAGUAUCAUCUUUGGAGGGAAACAAGGGAUUAUGUGGUGCGCCUCGGCUCAAUUUUUCACCUUGCUCUGGAAGAAUUGUUGGUUAUACUUCAAGAAGAAAACUACAUCUACUGCAAUGCAUCCUUCCUAUUAUUUCUGUAUUAGUUGUCUUAAGUUGUUUAUUUCUCAUAUUUGUAAUUCAUCGAAGAAGGAAGACAAGGAAUUCGGCUGCUACAGAUUUUCAACCUCUAGGUGAACAUAGAGUGGUUUCCUAUCACGAUUUAGCUCGUGCAACCAACAAGUUUAGUGAAGAAAACUUACUAGGCAAAGGAAGCUUUGGUACGGUUUAUAGAGGACGCCUUGAUGAUGGCUUGAUUGUGGCAGUGAAAAUCUUGAACAUGGAAGUUGAAGGGGCGACGAAGAGUUUUCAUGCAGAAUGUGAAACUUUGAGUAGUGUCCGACAUAGAAAUUUGAUCAAAAUCAUUAGCACAUGUUCCAGUUUAGACUUUAAAGCUCUAAUCCUCCAGUUCAUGCCAAAUGGUAGUCUUGAGCAAUGGCUGCACUCCGAAAACCGGUGCUUGAAUCUGCUGCAAAGAUUGAACAUAAUGGUGGAUGUGUCUUUAGCUCUCGAAUAUCUCCACCAUAACCAUCCGCAAGUGAUACUGCAUUGUGAUCUCAAGCCAAGCAACAUUUUGUUGGAUGAAGAAAUGGUAGCGCAUGUUAGCGACUUCGGCAUUGCUAAAUUAUUGCUUGGUGAUGGUAGAUCCAUAGCAUCAGCAAGUGCACCAGGCACUAUAGGUUAUAUUGCUCCAGAGUACGGAUCUACAGGCAACGUCUCAAAAAUGGGCGAUGUCUACAGCUUUGGCAUUCUGUUGUUGGAGACAUUCACCGGGAAAAGGCCAACAGAUGUCGUAUUUGAGGGAGAACCAAGUUUGAGAGAGUGCAUUUGCAAAGCAUAUCCUACUUCAAUUUUUGAUAUUAUAGACAACAAUCUCUUCAAAGGUGUCUCCCUCCUUGAACGAACAUCUGCAGACCAAACAGCUAUGCAUCAUUGUGUAUUAUCUGUCAUAAGAUUGGGUUUACUAUGUACAAACUACUCACCAAAAGAAAGAAUAUCGAUGGUUGAUGUCGUCCCCAGGAUGCAGAAGAUAAAAAUGGAGUACAUGUCCCAGUUAUCUACUGCUUGAAGUAGGGUUGAUCAUAUUGGUGCUUUCCUGUUCAUUUGUCAUCCAGAAAGUUAAUUUGUCUUUGUAAGUAAAUUAUAAUUUUCUUCACUCCGAAGAAUUGCUAAGACGUUAAAUUCGAUUUGUUCAGGCAUAUAUGUUGAGUAUUUACUUGUUUUCCUAUUUGAUAUCAAUGCUA